AAUUCAACCCCUCUAUUUAUACACACACAUACACAACCCAUCCUCAAACUCAAAACCAUUCUCUCACUAAUUCUUCUUCCAUAGAGUGCUCUUUACGAGAGUAUCUCUUUCUCUACACUUUCACUUUUACACACACACUAUACAAAAUAUAUAGAAAUUUUAGAAAGAGAAAAGAAAAAAACACAACCACCUAGCUAGCAUCAACAAAUAACACUACAUUUUCAUUCAUUCAAGACAACCUCAUUCUCCUCAAAUCUAUCUAUCCAUCAACAUAUUUUCCAUCAACUCCAACAUAGUUCAGCCCAUAUCACUUCGAUUCGUUCAUUCAAAACAACCUCAUUUUCCUCAAAUCUAUCAUCAUCAUCAUCAUAUUUUCCAUCAAAUCAAACACACUUCAGCCCUGGUCACUUCAAUUCGUCUAUAAAAACAAAACCAAAACAUCAUCAUCAUCAACAAUAACAACAUGUCUGAAACAAAGAUCAAUACCUUAAACGAACCAAUGAUUUCCAAAGACAUGGAAAAUCAAAGAGACAUCAUAGUUAGUGAAACAAAAUCUCUAUUAUCAUUAGCUUUACCAACAGCACUAACAGCACUAAUCUUCUAUGCACGUUCCAUGAUAUCUAUGAUGUUUCUUGGUAAACUUGGUGAUGUGGAACUUGCAUCAGGUUCAUUAGCCAUAGCUUUUGCAAACAUAACCGGUUAUUCAGUUCUUUCUGGUUUAUCUUUAGGUAUGGAACCUCUUUGUUCUCAAGCCUUUGGUGCUAACCGUCCAAAACUUCUAUCAUUAACACUUCAACGGUGUAUAAUCUUCCUCUUAUCAUGUUCUUUACCCAUUUCUUUUCUAUGGUUUAAUAUGUCUAGAAUCUUUCAUUUUUUACAUCAAGAUGAUAAAAUCACCCAAAUGUCACAAACUUAUCUUGUGUUUUUGUUACCUGAUCUUGUUACUAAUUCUUUUCUUCAACCAAUUAGGAUUUACCUUCGUGCUCAAUCUGUCACCUACCCGGUAACUUUAGCAUCUUUGGUUGGAACUUUUUUACAUUUACCUUUUAACUUUUUACUCUUCAAAAAGGGUAUUUCUGGUAUUGCCAUUGCUUCUACUGCCUCCAAUUUUUCAGUUUUGGUUGUAUUGGUGGUUUAUGUUUGGAUAAGUGGGGUCCACAUUGCCACAUGGAAUGCUCCGAGCCGGGAGUGUUUUUUUGGGUGGGGGUCGUUGAUUAAGCUAGCUGCGCCGAGUUGUGUUUCGGUUUGUUUAGAGUGGUGGUGGUAUGAGAUUGUGAUAGUUUUGUGUGGAUUUCUUGUGGACCCCACUGCCACUGUGGCAUCUAUGGGGAUAUUAAUUCAGACAACGUCUUUGAUUUAUGUUUUUCCUUCUUCUAUGGGACUCGCUGUUUCGGCGCGUGUUGGGAAUGCUCUGGGAGCAAAUCGUCCGAGAAAUGCGAGAGUUUCCGCUGUGAUUGCGGUGUUUUUUGCAGCAGUUAUGGGAUUUACUGCGGUUAUUUUUGCUAUGAUGAUGAGGUGGCAGUGGGGAAAGAUGUUCACUGCUGAUGAAGAUAUUCUACGCUUGACGGCGGCGGCAUUGCCGAUUUUAGGAUUGUGUGAGCUAGGAAACUGUCCGCAAACGGUUGGUUGUGGUGUUGUCCGAGGGACGGCGAGGCCGAAAGUGGCGGCAAAUGUGAAUUUGAGUGCUUUUUAUAUGGUGGGAAUGCCAGUGGCAGUUGGGCUUGCUUUUUGGUUUGAUUUUGGAUUUUGCGGGCUUUGGUUGGGCCUUCUAUCAGCCCAGGUUUGUUGUGCGGCCCUAAUGUUGUAUAUAGUUGGAACAACUGACUGGGAAAAACAGGCUCGUCGGGCUCAGUUAUUGACAACGUUUGAUGAAGUGAAUAAUGGAUCGGAAGGACAAAAAGAACCAUUCAUUAGUGGUUUGGAAAGUGCUUGAUGUUGAUUUGAUUUGAUUUUAUGGUGUAAUAUUUUGAUAUUUUUUCUUGUGUUUGUAAUUUUUAUAUUGAAAGAUAAAUGUGAAUUACCAUUAUAUUUUUAUUCACCUGUUUUUUUAGCUCCAUGGGUGGAUAAAGGAUAUAUAUGUGGUGAUUAUGUUAUUUUUUACAUUUAUAUUCAAAAGAAAUUAUUUAAACUUAA